AUGGGCUCGGGCGUGGUGCUGGGGCUCUGUAUCCUCUUCAAGGUGUUCGACAAGGACCUUGUGAACCUCCUGCUGACGUUGUACUUUGCGCUCAUCGACGCCUAUGUCCUCAUUGAUGCGUUCAUUCCAUCCACUGGUGCUCUCGCUACUGUUCAAAGGCAGCUGCAGGACGUACACGCGCAACUUGAACGUGCCGUCCUACGCGGCCUGGUCUUUGGCACGGACAUGGUCACGGUUGCCACGUCGGUCGAUGCGCUGAUCAAACUGAUCUUCCCACGUGAGUUUGCUACUGAUACGGAGAAGCAGAAGAACUCGAUCUUGGGCCUCGGAGACAUUGUGAUUCCCGGUAUCUUUGUGGUAAUGCUGCUGCGAUACGACGCCCAUCGCGCGAACCUUGUGCCGGCGUUUUUGGGCUCAGCGCUGAUUACUGCGUUCGUUCGUGGCGAGUCGAAGGAGCUGCUUGAGUAUUCGGAGGAGGAAGAAGAGGAGGAGAAGAGCGACAGUGUGAAGGACAAGGACGAUGACGACCAAGAGGAGACUAAAAAGUCCAAGUAG